AGUAAUGCAAGCAGUUGAGUAAGCUAUAAUGCCGUCCAAACGCUGCUAUUUUCAUGGGGGUUGCGCUUUUUCUUUGUUUAGCCUUCCAAGGGGCAGGGAACAGAGAGAGAAGUGGUUACAGUUCAUUUUUAAUUCUGUUCCAGAGAGUUAUAAGAAAGAUAUUACUCUCUGUGCAAGGCAUUUUACAAAGAACUGCUUCCAGAAUUACUCUCAGUUCACUGCUGGAUUCGGCCUCAAACUUGUCCUCAAAGAAGGAGCGGUGCCGACGAUAAAAGAUUGUGAGCCACAACCUCGAGAAUUGGUUCCUGUGGUUCCAGCAGUUGCAGUGGAGGUUUUUCGGGCUUCUGCUUCGGUUCCCAAGAAGAACACUACAAAUAAUGCGGAUUGCGAUUUAGUUAGCAGCGAUGAGGAACUUGAUUUCUGUGACCAGGACAGUGUGGCAUCCAGUGUGGACAGCUUAGUAGAAGACAUGUUUAUUGAUGAUAUGGAUCCUAUUCUAGACUGUAGGCCUUCAUCAGACCUUUACUUGCCAGAAGAGGACUGCGAUUCAGAAGACACUCCACAACACAGAAAGAGACUUUGCCUGUCUUCUGCUGAAGGAGGCGACAGGAAAAAUGAAAAUGGUUUCUAUUGGACUGAAACUGAAAGGUGGCAAAGCUCAGAUGAAGCAGAUGUUGAGCCACCUCUGCUGGUCUUCACACCCAACCAAAAUCCUGGCCCUCAGAUUUUACCAAACAGGUGCUCCAGCGCUCUGCAGUUUUUUCAGCUCCUUUUCCCAAAAUCAAUGUUUCAGACCAUUGCAGGAUACACAAACAGCUAUGGAGCCAAGUAUGAAGAGAGAAAGGGCAAGUUGUGGAACCUCAUUAGUCAAAGUGACAUGAAGUCUUAUGUAGCGCUGGUAAUUUACAUGGGUAUGUUCAGGUGCUCUUCACUCACAGACUAUUGGAGUGAGUCCCAGCACUUCCGUUUGUCCUUUCCUGCAAAAAUCAUGCCUUACAGGAAAUUUCUGUCCAUCUCCAAAGUUCUUCAUCUGAGCGAAAGCAGAGAGGAUGAGAAGAACAUCUUAAAGAGGGGAACAGCAGCUUACGAACGUCUGGGUAAAAUCCAGCCUCUGUACCAAGUCAUUAGGGAGUCCUGCAAAACAUACUUUCAUCCCUUUCAGAACAUCACCAUUGUUGAACGAAUGGUCAAAUCACAGGCUAGAACUGGACUCAAACAAAGCCUGAAGAGCAGAUCUCCAAAUAUGGGGUUCAAACUUUUUGCACUGACAGACUGCACCUGCGGCUAUACGUGGGACUUCUUUAUUUACGAGGGGAAGUCGUGUGCGUCACAGAGCGAGGGAUUGAGCUAUGAGUCUGUGAUGGCAUUAGUGGAUGAGAAUAUGUUGGGUUCUGGGUACAAAUUGUUUGUAGACAAGUUUUACACCAGCCCCACACUCUUUAUGGACCUUCUGGACAAAAAGGUCUUGGCUUGUGGCCCUGUUUGGCCAAACAGGACAGGUUACCCAAAAUCAGCUAAGAACAAGCUGUCAUCGAAUGCUCCACGUGGCACCAUGCGUUGGAUUAGACACAACAAGCUGCUGUUUGUUGAGUGGAAAGACUCCAAGGAGGUGCAGAUGUGCUCUUCAUACCAUAAAGCCUAUGAAGGCGACACUGUGCAGAGGAAGGUGAAGCGGGAUGCACAUCGAACCCUUGAGGAGAUCCCCGUUCCAGCUGUGGUGCUGGACUACAGCAAGAACAUGGAAGCAGUGGAUUCAUCCGAUUGCGUCACUGAACAUUUCAGGGCUAUACAUAAACCUAAAAAGUGGUAUCAGUGCAUGUUUUAUCACUUUCUGGACAUCACUGUAGAGAAUGCCUUCAUCAUGCAGGAACUAGUGACCAAGGGAAACGGCAAGAAGCCUUUAACACGAAAGGCGUUCUUGCAAGCCCUCAUUUUAGAGCUUACAGAAAUAGAUACUCUGGAUUCUGCAGCAGUUCCUUUAGCUCUCUCUUCAUCAGGAUAAUCCUCAACUACAUUCCACAAGUCAUGUUGGACAGUGCUGCUAGGAGAAAUGUUACCUCCAGUCAUGUGUGACAUGAUAUGAUGAUGAUCUUUCAGCCCGAGAUGGACCAUUCUAAUGACGGGCUUAAAAAAGGCUUCUUGAAGUAAAUGUAAAAGGUGUUUUUUUGCAUUUAUUUGAAAUGUUUUGUUUGUUGUAUUGAAAGGCUGAAUAAAUAUGUUUUGAAUGGUAUUGCA